UGGAGCAUUGCCUCAUGUACAUGUCCAGUGAUUUGUACACCGCUCCAAUAGUCGCUUCGAAGAUUACAAGUAGUGCAUCCACCACAACAACAAACAGGCACAAUAGGCGAAUUCCAAGCAUCUUACCAGUGCGAUGUCGCAACGGUAGAUGGUUAUGAAGGGGGUGAGGGAGAAGGAGAGAGGAGGUUGUAGAGGGGAUGGACGGCUGCAGAAGGUGGAGUGGCAAGGGGCGAGAGCAAGGGAGGUUGCGUGGUGGUGGAAAGGUAAUUUAGGUGGUGGUGGUGGUGGUGGCGGGGCAAUGUGAGCACUUAGUAUAGGAUUAGGAAACCUAGUUGUCAAUCUCUCUAAGUAAAAGGGUUGGUCACAACAAAACAAGCUUUUGACUUAAUCUCAAAAAGAUCUCUAUUGAUAUCUUUGGAUUUAAAGGGUGGAAAUUUGCCUAACAUGAUUGCCAUAAUGUUUUGAUCGUCACUGUUCGUGCAUAUUAGACACAUAAGACAACCAGAUUCAUUCCGCCGUGAGAAAAGCUUCAUCAAGGUAAUAUGUGAUCCUCUGUUUGUUUUUCGUUUUACACCUUUGAAAGAGUACUGGUAAUUCCGGUUUCAUCUAAUAUCGAACAGAAAAAGAGUACUGUUGGUAUCCAGAUCCCGACUUUUCCUCCUUUUGCCAACAACAGGACCGUGGUUCGUACUUGCUCGGUUCAACCAGUUAACCCACGCCGGUUUCAAAACCAAGGGACCCUUUCGUUCAAAUGGAAAUAUGAAAGGCUCUUCAUUGGUUCACUUUCAUUUCGAGAGAACCAGCAAGAGAGCCUUCAAUCAAGAAGAUGACGAAAUUGCGAAACAAGAGAUGCUUCAGUGACAGAGACUACCAGCAGAAAUUGAAGAACAUCAAUAAGAUGAUCGAUCAAAGAAAAUCCAAAUGGGUAGCUGUGCUUCUUCUUCUUCUAGCCCUCUUCUUUGUUGCUUCAGGCGUUGUUCUUGGUCAAUUCCCUGUCGCACCCACUCCCCAAGAACCCCUCUCCCUCUCUGCAAUGUUCAUCAUGGGAGAUUCUUCUGUGAGUUGCGGCCAUGUCUCUUUCUUUCCCAGUCUCUUCAGUCAAGAUUCUUUCCUUUUCCCCUGUAAUGGCUCCCAACCAACCCUCAUUCCUCAAUUGCUUGCUGAGAAGAUGGGUUUGCCUCAAAUCUCCCAAUUUGACAGCCAAAAUGGAACAACUGAUGAUCUCAUCUCAGGUUUGAAUUUUGGUUCUUCUCCGGCGACGAUCAUAACUGCCGGUGAAUUGGGUUUUCUGAAUCAGCAGUUGCGACAAGCUCUUGAGACGAUUCAGUUGUUAGAGCUCGAACUGGGUAGAGAAGAAGUUCAAGAACUCAUAAAAUCUUCUCUGUUCUAUCUUUCCUUUGGCAAAGACGAUUACAUCAACCUCUUCUCCAGUAAUUUCUCUGACGUAAGGAUGAGGUUUGGUCCAACUGGGUUCGCUCAGAUUCUGGUGAACCAGAUGGUUGGGGUGGUUAAGGAUCUUUACAAUGCAGAUGCGAGGAAGAUACUGUGUAUGGGUAUUGGACCAUUGGGUUGCAGCCCACGGAUCUUGUAUGAGUCUCACAGGUAUCGGGUUGGAUCGGCGGCCGGGGAUGGACAUUGUGUUGAUGAGAUCAAUGAGCAUAUAGUUCAGUACAACCUCAUGCUCUCCAAGAGACUUUCUGAGCUCAGCUUGGAGUUAUCCGAUGCAGAAAUUGUGUUCUGUGAUGUAUACAGUGGGAUGAUGGAGAUUAUAACCCAUCCGGGUCGGUAUGGGUUUGAGGAAGUCAGGUGGGCUUGCUGUGGUUAUGGAAUGUAUGGUGGUAGGAUUAGGUGUAUUUCAGAAGAGAUGGUCUGUGAUGAGCCUACAACUCAUGUGUGGUGGGACUUCUAUGACCCUACAGAGGCAGUCAAUGUUUUGCUAGCUGACUCUAUCUGGUCUUCCCAAUCUUUGGGUGAUCUUUGUGGCCCAAUCACAGUCCAACAACUGGCAUUCAUGUAAAGCAACAAGUGUACCUUACAUUCUUUUCCCCUAUUUUGUUUUGGGGAAUGAAUGGUUUCAAUUCAUCUUUUGUAAACAAAGUAUUGAUGUGAUUCU